UGUAUCGAUGACCUAGGCCUGCACAACCAUCAGGAGCUCCACAUGACUGUCCUCAGGCCUGGGCUCUCUGACCAUCAUCAUGGGCUACUUUCUCCGCCUGCUGCAGCUGCUCUCCACCUGCAUGGCCUUCUCCCUGGUGGCUGGUGUGAGCACUUUGCAGGCGGCUGCAGGUAACUGGUCCAUAUUUGUCUGGUGCUUCUGCUUCGUCAUGACCCUCAUCAUCCUCAUAGUCGAGUUGUGUGGGCUUCAGUCCCGCCUCCACCGCUCCUGGGACGGCUUUCUCAUCACCAGUGCCUCCUGUGCCACCUUCUUAUGUCUCUCAGGCUCCGUCAUCUUUGCCACCGCCUGCAUCCAGUUGCUGCCUCACAGCCCCUUUGGCGACCACGCCAUUGCGGUCACUGCCUUUUCCAGCCUUGCAUCUGUGGCUUAUGCCACUGAAGUGGUCUGGACCUGCGCCUGGUCUGGAGAGUUCUCCUGCUCUGUGCUCACCUUGCCAGGCCUGUUUCACAGGCUGGAGAUCUUCGUGGCCUGUGUCAUCUUCGCUUUCAUCAGCAGCCCCCACCUGUAUGUGCACCAGCCGGCCCUGGAGUGGUGUGUGGCUGUGUACUCCAUCUGCUUCCUCCUGUCAGCAGUGACCCUCCUGCUGAACUGGUACAACUGGGACAACAGGCUGCCCGUUCCCGUCCCCCUUGUGCAUUUGGGGCUGACCCUGCUCUCGGCCCUCCUCUACGCCUCCGCUGUGGUCCUCUGGCCGCUCUACCAGUUCAACGGGGAGUUCGGCGGGCAGCCCCGGAGGUCCAGCGACGUGAGCUGCCAUGAUAAACUCACCUCCUAUAUAUGCACCUGGGACCAGCGACUGGCUGUGGCCGUCCUGACUGCCGUCAACCUGCUGAUUUAUGUGGUUGACCUGGUGGACUUGGCCCGCUGCUUUUUUUAUCAGCUUCUGAGGCUCUGCACCAGGCCCCCUGAUUCCCUCUUAUUGUCAGUGGAGACAUCUUCACCAAGCUCGGUCGUCCUCUGA